CGAGUUCUCAGUUUUUAGUUAAUAGUUGUUGUCGUCAUACCGUUAGCGACUCGUCCACCGUCGCUCAACCCGUGUAGAAACUGUAUAAGAGAGGUGGUAACGUUUUAAUUUUUUUUAUUAUUAUUCCUCCCGUCAAUCGUCGAAAACACGGUAAAAUCUUAUAUCGUGUCUAGUACACUAUUCGGAUAGUCGUCGCGAUCAAAACGAACAAUAAAUAAACAAACAAUUCAUGGUUGUCGUAUUUAUAUAUAAGUACGUCUUGUAUAAUUUCAAUCGAAUGCAAGUGAAAGAUUUUCAGAUAUCCGUCGGAUUAUUACAAUAAUAUUAUGCUGAAUUUCGUCCCGUCCGAGAGGCGCAACAGAAAAUUAAUCAGUGGACGAACACAACUAUGAGUGAUGAGGGAAGAAGAUUUAGAAAUAGCGUUAAAGGUGGUGAUCGUGGGAAAUGGCGCAGUCGGAAAAUCAAGUAUGAUUCAGCGUUACUGCAGAGGAACAUUUACCCGAGACUAUAAAAAAACAAUUGGAGUAGACUUUUUGGAAAGACAAAUAGAAUGCAAUGGGGAAGAUGUGAGGUUAAUGUUAUGGGACACAGCAGGUCAAGAAGAAUUUGAUGCCAUUACCAAAGCAUAUUACAGAGGAGCCCAAGCUUGUGUGUUGGCAUUUUCCACUACAGACAGAGAUUCGUUUGAAGCAAUUCACUCAUGGAAAAUCAAGGUGGAAGAUGAAUGUGGAAAGAUACCAACAGUUAUUGUUCAAAAUAAGGUUGAUUUGAUAGAACGCAGCCAAGUUGAUCCACAAGAAGUUGACAUUCUUGCCCGGUCAUUAGGUUGCAAGCUAAUAUGCACAUCAGUAAAAGACGACGUCAAUGUCAAUAAUGUAUUUAGGUAUUUGGCUACGCGAUGUUUGAUGGAAAUACAGAAAGAAGAACAGGAAUAUAUGUCAGGAAAUGGAAUACAUCAAACAUACACAAUAGGUUCAUUUGGUGCAGUUCCAUACCACAAUAGAAAUUCUUCAACCACAAUAAAAUUGAGGUCUGGAAAAAUAAGGCAAAAGAAAAAAAAUAUCUUUAAGAACUCUUGUGUCAUACCAUAAUAGUUUAAACAAUAACUUUUCCAAUAUAAAAAUUUUUGAUGUGUAAUUAAUAAAAUAUGAAACAAAAUAACAA